GAGAUUGAUGAUGUCUUUUUGGUGGAUGUUGCUUUUGAUAAGGCAGCCAGUAAACCUCUUCCUCCGCCAUUAAAAUGCGAUAGCAAAUAGAAAAUGCUAUUAGCACCAAAUAACACGUGUCAAACCCUUUCAUUUUCUCACCCAGAACAACCACCAUGUCUUCCUCCCAAACAACUCAACAACCUCCUCCACCGUCGCCACCUUCUCACUACAACCGCAUUCACCAUCUCCUUCAACUUCAACCUCUCUUCCAAAACCUCGCUUCCCAUUUCAGAACCAGUAGCCAUUGCCAGUGGACUUUUCAUCAUGCCCCCACCACGCCUUAAAAACCAGUACUAUCUUGUGAGGUCUGGAGAAUCAGAGUUUGAGAGCAUGGGAGUGAUAAACACGAACCCUGUAGCUAAGACUUCUAUGGAUAAUGGUUUAUCUGAUAGAGGGAAGAAACAGAGUAUUAGAGCUGCUUUUGAUUUGAAAGAAAUGGGUGCUUGUGAUAAUAAUUGUUGGAUUUGGCCUGCUAUUACUCAGAGAGCUUAUCAAACUGCUGAGAUUAUUGCUUCUGUUAAUUCUAUUACCAGAAGUUAUAUUGUUCCAGAAUACAGCUUUCUUGAUGCACGGGGAUUAGGUGCUUACGAAGGAAAAACAUUAGAAUAUGUUUCAAAAAUAUAUGCAUCAGAUGGUAUAUCUACAAAAAUAAAACCUCCUCCCAUUGAUGACGGAACUCCAAAUGAGAGUGUUGCAGAUGUUUUUGUUCGUGUGACUCAACUCAUGUCAAUCCUUGAAACUCAGUAUGCUGGUGACACAGUCGUUAUAGUCUCGCCAGAUUCCGAUAACUUGUCAAUCCUUCAGGCUGGUUUGGUAGGACUAGACUUGCGAAGGCACAGGGAGUUGUCUUUUGCACCCGGUGAAGUUCGCUAUGUUGAUACCAAUGACAUUCCUACUUACAAGAUGCCUCCAUCUGCUGUAUAUAAAUGCACCAAGCUACCAAAUUGUAAUUAGCUCUUUUAUUUCCUUCACCUUAUUAUACCAGAUAAAUGGACAUGUAUAGCUCAAGUUGUGUACAUCUGUGUUUGAUAACAUCUUAUUGUAAUACUUUCCUGACAGAAAAAUAAAAUUGUUAUUAUGUUGAUUAAAAUUACUAAAGAUAAUUGGAAAAA